AUGACAACUUGGAGGAUGAUGCUCAACAGGCUCCCGACCCGUGACAACUUGAAAAAAAAGAGGAUUCUCACGACCGAGGAAGAGUCCAAAUGCAACGAGUGUGGGAUGGGGGAAGAAUCGUCAAAUCAUUUGUUUCUUCUUUGCCCGAAGAUAGAAGAGGUUUGGAACGAAAUUCAGAGGUGGUUGGGCAUACCAUUGGCACAACCGAAUCAUAUCGAGAGGCACUACGAUAUGUUCAUUAACCUGGGGAACAAAAAGAAGAUUAGAACUCUACUUUUAGCAAUUUGGGUGGGAACGAUUUGGAUGAGGUGGAAGAAGAGAAAUGAGAAAUGUUUCGAAGGCAAAGAUUGGGAGUGCAAAAAUCUUGUUUUGGAGAUUAAGAUUAAACUGUGGUGUUGGAAUAGGAUCUUUAAGAUUGUUGAGGAGGAGAUAGAUCUUGAUUCUUGGUGCUCCAACGACAUUAUCUGUAAAAUAUUCUAA